AUCCACUUCCGGUUGUCACCUAAUAGAAAAUAGGUGAGAUACGAUGGCACUUCGAAGAUUGGGAAGUCUCUGUGCAAGAUCAGCCCUCAGAAGAAACCAUGCCUGCUCAACUCCAAAUAGAUUUUGCUCCUAUUAUCCAAUUAAUGAUAAUUUAUUUGGGUUGAAUAGUGAGGAAAAACAGCUGAGGGAAUCAGUUUUCCAGUUUUGCCAAAAGGAGUUGGCACCAAAAGCUGCUGAAAUUGACAAAUCAAAUGAAUUCAAAGACAUAAAGGAUUUCUGGCUGGAGUGUGGCAAGCUUGGACUCCUAGGAAUUACUGCUCCAGCUCAGUAUGGUGGUUCCGAGAUGUCAUACAUGGAUCAUGUGCUUGUGAUGGAGGAAAUGUCUCGUGCCUCGGCAGCCAUUGCCCUUAGUUACGGCGCACACUCAAAUCUGUGUGUGAACCAGUUAGUGAGGAACGGUACAGAGGAACAAAAGCAGAAAUACCUGCCACAGCUUAUCACAGGAGAGAAAGUAGGUGCUCUGGCUAUGAGUGAACCUGGGUCUGGAUCUGAUGUGGUGUCCAUGAAACUCAAAGCUGAAAAAGAUGGUGAUCACUAUGUAUUGAAUGGAAAUAAGUUUUGGAUCACAAAUGGUCCUGAUGCUGAUGUGUUGGUUGUUUAUGCCAAAACUGACUUAAAGACAGAUAAACCCCAGCAUGGUAUCACAGCCUUUAUUAUAGAAAAGGGUAUGCCAGGUUUCAGUACAGGCCUGAAGUUAGACAAGCUUGGGAUGAGGGGAUCCAAUACAUCAGAACUGAUCUUCGAGGACUGCAGGGUACCAGCUGAAAAUAUUCUUGGAAAGAAAAACAGAGGUGUUUAUGUAUUAAUGUCAGGCUUGGAUUUAGAGCGUGGACUUGGUGCUUCAGGUUGUUUGGGGAUUAUGCAGGCAUGCUGUGAUGUGGCAUUUGACUAUGCACACCAACGUAAACAGUUUGGUCAAAAGAUUGGCGAGUUCCAGAUGAUCCAGGCUAAAUUGGCAGACAUGUACACUACACUGAAUGCCUCACGGUCCUAUACCUACAAUGUGGCACGAGCCCUUGACCGAGGCGAGAGACAUCCAAAUGACUGUGCUGCUGUUAUCCUGUAUACGGCUGAGGCAGCCACUAAAAUGUCCCUGGAAGCAAUCCAAAUUCUGGGUGGUAAUGGCUACAUCAACGACUACCCUACUGGCAGAUUAUUACGAGAUGCAAAACUGUAUGAAAUUGGAGCUGGAACCAGUGAGGUUCGCAGACUUGUGAUAGCCCGAGCUAUAAAUGCUCACUACAACUCCUGAUGAAUGGACAGAACUAUGGCCUGCGGGCGAUAAUAAUUUUCAGUUACUCAGAGAUGAAAUAUAUAAGUGUUAUUGGUUAUUCGGAGCUGGAAUCCAGAUAUUAUGAGACAUUGACUCUCUGUUGCUCAUCUUUAACUCUUUAACUUUAGGCUAUUUCAACAGGAAACAUUUAGUGAAUGUACACUCACAUUACAUAUUUUAGAAUUAUAUCUAAAUGUCACAAUACUGUCCAGAAUUGAGCGUUACGUUUCAGUACACUGUACCAGGUCCAUUAAAUAAUACUGUCCAGAAUUAAGUGUUACUUUUCAGUACACUGUACCAGGUCCAGUAAACAAAACUGUCCAGAAUUAAGUGUUAAUUCUCAGUAGUGUACCAGGUCCAGUAAACAAAACUGUCCAGAAUUAAGUGUUACUUCUCAGUAGUGUACCAGGUCCAGUAAACAAAACUGUCCAGAAUUAAGUGUUACUUCUCAGUACACUGUACCAGGUCCAGUAAACAAAACUGUCCAGAAUUAAGUGUUACUUCUCAGUAGUGUACCAGGUCCAGUAAACAAAACUGUCCAGAAUUAAGUGUUACUUCUCAGUACACUGUACCAGGUCCAGUAAACAAAACUGUCCAGAAUUAAGUGUUACUUCUCAGUAGUGUACCAGGUCCAGUAAAUAAUACUGUCCAGAAUUAAGUGUUACUUCUCAGUACACUGUACCAGGUCCAGUAAACAACUGUUAAUAAGAACAAAUUCCACAAGUCCAAAAUAACAGAACUUUACGGGUCCAGCUAGAAACAUUGGGCUUUAUUCUAAUUGCCCUUAUUACUGCACUGUCUAGAAACUUUUCUAUAGACAACGAUUUAGGUCAGGCAGUUUCAUCAUUGCACUAAUCUGUUAAAAAGAAAUGCCCAAAAAUUUUAACGGGACAAAAUAAGUUGUGAGAGAUGUGUAUCUAGAGAGCAAGAGGAUAUAAGGAGGGAUAAAUGUGACUAUGUACAAUGUACAUGUACAUAUUUCUGUGAUAAUUUUUGGUGAGAAUGAAAUUAUGUACAUAUUUCUGUGAUACUGUUGGUGAGAAUGAGACUAUGUAUAUAUUUCUGUAAUAGUAGUGUUGGUGAGAAUGAGAUUAUAUAUAUUUCUGUAAUAGUGUUGGUGAGUUUUAAUUGUGUAUAGAAGCUCUACUCUGUGUAAGUGUUGUCUCCAUAUCAGUGAAGCCACUAUAUGAAUCCAUGUUGAGAUCUCGGGUAUUUAUAAUGCCAUUGAGGAAAUAUUACUGAAUGUUUCUAUUAUUCAGGUGAGUUUAUGUAGAUUUUAUUACACUUCUGCUAUACCAAAGGUAACACUUCUGUCAUAAAUCAACCAGAACUACUCUAAAACUUCCACGAUAAUCAAUCGAAAUUACUAUAACCCUUCCGCAAUAAAUCAACUGUAACUAUUCUAACUCUUCAAUGGCCAAUUUUGUGAUAAAUGUUGGCAAUUAAUUUUGUGAUAAAUGUUGGCAAUUAGCAAACAUGUUAAUACUGUAUUUUAUUUGUGAUGAUUUCUAUAUUAUGGUUUAAUUUGAAGUGAUGGUUUCCGUUCCAAAAAUGAGAUGUCAAGUGGUAAUGAGAAUAAAGCUUAUAACUAAUUAUU